AUGCAGAUGCUUUCAGGUAAGCUGAAAUGCAUUUCCAUCAGGGUCAUCUUCGUAUUUUGCGUCUCGAGCGUGAUAAAGUGCAACAGCGUGCCAUGCACGUUCAACACAAUGUGCAUGUGUUGGGUUCAGGACGAUCAGGAUUUCACGAAGAUGGACAUCACUUGUAUGGGAACGCCUUUUGCUCGAUUUCCUGAUGUCUCCGUGAAUUAUGUGGCUCAACUGGAUGUAGUUGGUUCGGGUAUGCAAGCGCUGGAUAACGAUGCACUCACCAGCUCAGUCGGCGUGGAAGCCUUGGGACUGAUGAGCAAUCGGUUGUCCAAUAUUGGCGAUAAGGCUUUUUCAGGUAUCGCGGAUAGUUUGCGUACGUUGGAUCUCAGUUACAAUACCCUGGAGGGUGUACCUUUCAAGGCCUUUCGUGACCUGAGGAAAUUGAAGUGGCUCAAUAUGCAUAGUAACCAUUUGACAUCGCUGGACGGUGAUUGGGGACACACGAAAGAGGCGCUGAUGAACGCGUUCUUCGGGGACAAUUCAAUCAUCGAGGUACCAAAACUUUUCUCCACGUUCGAGUCUCUGGUCUGGCUCAAUCUCGACAACAAUAACAUUGAGGAACUGUCGGAGGAGAGUCUGCCGCCCAACAUGCACACGCUCAGCCUAAACAGCAACCUACUCAAACACUUUCCAUCGUCGUUGAAAACAUUGAAACAUCUCACGUGGCUCUACUUAAGGGGCAACGAUUUAAAAACUCUCGAGCUGCCCGACUUCGAGAGCUCUAGUUUGGAGCUGGUCGACGUCAGUGAGAACUGCAUCGAAUGGAUCCGUGCGUCGAGCCUGACCAAUCGAACGUUAAAGAUCAAAGAUUUUAACCUGGACAGCAACAAGCUGUCAUCCUUACCUGCCGGCGCGUUCGAAGGGCUGGACAUCAAGAGGAUUCAUUUGUCCUCGAACUCGAUCAAAAACGUCGACGACGAUGCUUUCUGGGGGCUCGAGGACACUCUGGAGUAUUUGAAUCUGGAGAACAACGACCUCCCGAAUGUUCCCGCCGCUGUCAGCCGAUUAAGAAAGCUAUCCUAUUUGUAUCUGGCCAACAACGAUAUAAGAAACAUUUCUGGCGAUGCUUUCCAAGAGUUUGCGGAAAAUUUGCGAGCUCUUUCGCUUGCUACUAACAGCUUGGAUGCGGUUCCUGUCUCAGCUUUACUCAGAUGCCAGAGGCUACUACACUUGAAUCUUGGUUACAACAAGAUCUCCCAUGUACAACCAGGUGACUUCGAGUGGGCGGAGGACCUUCAAAUUCUUUUGCUUAGGAAUAAUGUCCUAACAAAAUUGAGUAAAGAAACUUUCAAAGGAGCAAGCAAACUACAGGAGCUUAGCCUGUCCUUCAAUCAUCUUACGGAGCUUGACGAUGACUGUUUCGUCGGUAUCGAGGAAAGUCUCGAGAUCCUCGAGUUAAGUUUCGCCUUUGCAACCGACGUGUUCCCUCAAAGAGCUCUCCGACCCCUCUCGAACCUGCUCUGGCUGGUUCUAGACAACAACAAUUUCCAAACCAUCGAGGCGACCGCGUUCUACUCGUUCCAAAAACUACGAUACAUCAAUUUAGAAUCGAAUCGUCUCCAUUAUCUGCCAGAACGAAUAUUCUUAUCCAGCGUUCACCCUGAAUUGCGUGACGUUAAGCUCGGUUACAAUUUCCUGGAAGCCAUACCAGAAUACAGUUUCCACAAUCUGACCGAGCUGAGAUCCUUGGAUCUGACCGGGAAUCGAAUAAAGGUUCUCGCCUCGGAAUCCAUCGUCGACUGUCCGAAAUUGGUGACGAUAUCGUUGGCUUACAAUCGAAUCGCCAAAAUGGAGAAGAACGCUUUCUACGGUUUGCCCAGCUUGCGUUUCCUCCAUUUGGAAUUCAAUAAAUUGACCAGCUUGGAUCUGGAAGCGAUUUCGGAGAUCGGAGGACCGGAUUUCGCGUUGAACGUCUCUUAUAACGCGAUCUCGUUAAUUCAUUCCGGAGGUUCGAUGAACAAUUUGACGAGGUUGGACUUGAGCUUCAAUAACAUCAGUCACUUGCCCGCUGAUACGUUCACCAGCACACCAGACCUGAGAAGUCUGGAUUUACGAAGCAAUUUGAUCGCUGCGCUUGAGCCAGGUACCUUUGGACUGAGUCACCUGGAAACGCUGAACUUACAAGACAACAAGAUAGAAGGCCUGCGAAAGCAAUCGUUCCACGGUUUAGAUUUGCUCCAACAAUUGGACCUGAGCGGCAAUCAGAUCAGCCAACUGUCCACCGAACAGUUCCGAAAUCUAAAGAAUCUACGGAUUCUGAAUCUGUUCGGCAACAGAAUCAGAUCAUUGCCAAGGGACGUUUUCAAGGGUACGAAGCUGGAGAUUCUUGAUUUGGGCCACAACAAAUUCACCGUGGUCCCGUCGCCGUCUUUUCUAGAAGUCGGUUACACAUUGAGGGACCUUAACCUGGCGGACAAUUACGUAGAUCACCUCGAUUCCACAGCGUUUCCGAUUUCGCAACUGGUCUCGUUGAACCUGGUGCACAACAGACUGACAAUACUUCCAGACAAUUCAUUUGUCUCUCUAGGGAAACUUUUGAGAUUAAACAUUUCGCAGAAUGUUCUUCAGGCUAACUUUAAAGAGCUGUUCCACUAUCUUCCCGGCUUAAGGCAGCUUUUCAUGGCCAGCUGCGGCCUCCGAGAUAUUCCACUUCUUCCCUUAAUCAAUCUGAAUGUAUUGGACCUGUCCUUCAACCAUAUAGACUCAACAACCGACAAGCAGUUCCAAUACCUAAAAGAUCUAAGGGUUCUUCGACUGCUGAACAACUCGCUGACAGCUAUGCCAAAUGUGAAUUUGAAUCUCUUGAGGGAGCUCGACGUGUCUGGAAACCCGAUAGAGGAACUGACAAAAGAAAGUUUUAUGGGCUAUCCAAGGCUGGAAGAUCUGAAACUGAGGAAUUUGAAUAAAACUAGAUCGGUGGACAAAGACUGCUUACGCGUCUUGAAAUACCUGAAACACCUUCGUAUACAAACGUGGCCCGAAGCAGAUGGCUUUCAUCUUCGACACAUAUUGACUGGAUUACCGUUGAGAACCGUAGAAAUACAAGUUACGGAACACCUGUUGAAGCAUCAGAUACAGAACGCGUUCACGAAGCAGCUCAGAGAAUUGACUAUUUCUGGCAACGAGCUCGAGGUGAUCUCUUCGGAAGCGUUCUCCACCAUCGAAGGUGGCGAACUUAUACUGCGAAUAAAGGACACCCGUGUACGGAGAUUACAGUCAGAUAUAUUUCUGUCUUUAACGAAAAGACUGUCUCAACUUACGUUGGAUUUGAGGAACAAUCAUAUAAACGAACUCAGCCCUUCCAUCAUCUACGGAAACCUCUCGUGGGAGAGCGUCGGGACCAAUAUGGUUGCAGGAGGGUUGCAGGUGUCGGGAAAUCCGCUCGAAUGCGACUGCGAAAUCGCCUGGCUCAGUUUAUGGUUGCGAAGAUGGCUGAGGGAGUCUCGACAAAUUCACACAGCGUCCCAGUCGGAUGCGAAACAGCUCCGAAUGAUCGCUGGCAGAGCUGUUUGUACCGAAACCACGCCGUCUUACUCGUCCGAUAAAGUGCUGUUAACUUUAGGGACCCCUCAUACCGCCUGCCAAGCAUCCGCCCUUAGUUCAGGCAACUACGAAAAACUCGCCACCACCUGGUUAGCUAUAGCUGACAUCGUCCUUCUGACCAUAAUAGUCAAUUAA